GAUCAUUUUAUCCCUUAUUUUUCCCCGUUUUGUUUUUCCCCAUUUCCUUCUCUGAGUUUCAGUUUCAGUCCUUUUUUCUUUAUCACCCAACGAAAAUGUCCUUUGUUUGCGUUUACGACGAGACAAACGCUCAGCACGCACCGCCGGUCGAGUUCUACGCUGCCACCGGCUGGGAGAAGCACGUCGAAAAGCCCAUCCGCACUGAGAAGAUCCUGACGAGCCUCAAGGCGACGUUCGGCGAUCGCCUUGCUCUGGUUGCGCCGCGCAGCGAGCACUAUGGCAAGGAGCACCUGCUCGCCGUGCACGAUGCAGCGUACCUCGAGUGGCUCGAAGUCGCCUGGUCCAACUACGCCGAGUUCCGCAAGCUGCGCUUCAACGACGACAAGACGGUCGAGCACGGCCUGAUCCCCGACGUCUUUACGUUCGGCCCGCGGCACCAGCUGCCCAAGUGCAAGUCCCUCCAUGCAGGCCACUACUGCUUUGACACUUACACUCCCAUCAUGCCGGCGACGUAUGAUGCUGCGGUGCGUUGCGGAGCUCAUGUCGCGCUGACUGGCGCUGAUCUGCUGAACGAGCAGAACAAUGCGCGCACUGCUGGCGAGGCUGCCCCGACCGUCUACGCGCUCUGCCGUCCUCCGGGCCAUCACGCCGGAGCCGAUUACUAUGGUGGCUACUGCUAUUUGAACAACGCUGCGAUUGCUGUCGCUCACCUCAAAACGCUCGGGCAUGCUCGCAUCUCCAUCUUGGAUAUCGACUACCACCAUGGAAACGGCACCCAGGACAUUUUCUUCCAUGAUCCGGCGGUUCAGUACGUGUCCAUUCACGGCGACCCCGAUGCAGAGUUCCCGUACUACUCUGGCUACGCUUCGGAGGUCGGAGAGCACAAUCAGGCUCUCAAUCUGCCGCUUCCUCUGUUCAGCGGGGAGGUGCCCUAUCAGGAGGCGCUGAAGAAGGCUGUCAAGGCCAUUUCCGCCUUCGGCCCCACCAUUCUCGUCGUGAGCUUGGGCGUGGAUACGCAGCUGAAUGACCCGAUGGGCACCUUCAAGCUCGUGGCGCCAAUGUACAAGGCUGUGGGUGAGACCGUCCGGGCAGAGCUUGUGAACCUGCCGACUUUGGUCAUUCAGGAGGGUGGCUACCGCUUGGAGACGAUGGGUGACUGUGUUGCUCAGUUCAUGGCGGCGUUCUGGCAGUGAGCAAGCAAGAGCAGCGCAAUUUUCGAAGAGCGCGAAACAUGAGCUGCAAAACGAUUGAGUUUUACGCUGUCAUAGCUCCGAAUUUUUAAAAUUACAAAUAAUUAGAAAAAGGAGUAACAAAC